CACCCGUGUUGGUGGAUUGCAGGUACUUCCGUCCCAUUUACAGGCUCGCGAUCAAGGCCGGCCAAAAGAUGAACGGUCGCUUCCUUCCGAUGCAUCUCCGCGCCGAGCGCUGAAGCUGCGGGCGGCUUCGUUGCAUAUAGGAUCGAAAAAGACGGCAGGAAGCGACGUCACUUGACGAGCGAACAAUGGCGGCCCCGUUUCUUUUCUGGAAUGCGCUGUCGUCUGCUCGUCCUUGUCGUCUGCGCGUGUACAGAGCUCGGCUGCAAACAUGACAUCCGGUUAGCGGGUCCCAAAUGUGCCGACGCUCAGUUUUUGUCGCUUUUUCCCUCUGGCUUCCGUCAUCACACUUUCAGUACAGUUUGGCUCGCUGCUCUUCUCGGGCGAACGCAGCGUGAUCGCGCGCUUACCGCACCGAACGGCGCGGGUUGUACGAGCGAGGCACACCGACGAAGCGGAGCAGACGACCACCAGCAGGCAAGACAGGCAGGCGCCGCUUGAAGUUGAACCCGACCGGCCACUGCGUUGUAAACAAACAACAAGGAUUAGAGUUCACAUGAGCGCUGCUAUAUCCACGAGCAAACGACGGUGCCCCACAGGUUUCGAAGCGUAAUCAGGGACGAUGAUUGUGGUGACUUGAAGGCUUUGGUAAAAACAAGGGGACUACUGUCGGUCACACUGCUUCGGAAGAGAGGAAGCGAAAGACAUCCUGGCGGUUUUUACCUGCCAGCAGGAGUGCGAUAACGUUGCUAACGGCAAGGUUAGAUAACGCGGACGUGCGCUGCUAUCUUCCCCACCCUUUGCGCAACACACUGAUACACGGCUGCCUGGAAAAGAAGCGAGAAGUCAUGGAUUCGUGCCGCAGGAGCAGAUCUUCGUAGAAAUGCUCUUCAGUCGCCGUAAACGGGGUACACGGCGGCGAGAUGGCGCCUCGGAACUGGUGGCGCUCGUCUCGGCGAUGUCGGUGGUGACUGCGCAGUGGCUCCCGCUGGACUGUUCUAAAUUUGGGCACCCGAGUGGACCUUGCAACUGCACGGUACAUAAUAACACCCCCAACAACCUGUCCCGCCACCAGCUGGGCCACCUUCCGAGCAACCUGUUCCUGGAUGUCCGCGCGAGCGAGGUCCACCUCUGGGACACGCCACUGGCCAGCUUCGUGCAGGGGGACAGCGACGACGCCCUUCUGGGACUGCAGGACACGCUGCGCUCGCUGGCCCUGCGUCGGUGCGCACUCGACAGCUCGCAGCCAUUCCACAGAAUGGGCCACCUGCAAGCACUGGAGAUGCUGGACUUGUCCUUCAACCAGCUGACCACAGUGCGCGCCUCCUGGUUCAAGGCGCCGCUGAGCCUUCGCUCGCUGCUUCUCAGGGCCAAUCGCAUAUCACGCAUCGAGAGCGGAGCCUUUGCCAAGCUCUACCGCCUCUUGCAGCUGGAUCUCUCGCAGAACAACAUCGCCGCCAUCGAACGAUCCAUGCUGCCGGACGCGCUCUUCUUCCUCGACCUCAGCGACAACCGCCUGACCGUCCUGUCUCCGUUGCUGUUCGACAAAAUGACGAGCCUGCGUCGGGUCUACCUGAACGGGAACCGGCUCACCACGCUCGACAGGGCCGUCUGGUCGGCCGUGUGGAGCAACCCCAGGCUGGGCGUCGAGAUGCACGGCAACCCGGUGGUGUGCGACCGGCGGAUGUGCUGGCUGGCGCGGCUGGUGCCCCGUGAGUGCCUUAGCAGGGACUGCCAGCGCUCACCCGCCGACUACCGGCACUUGGACGGGCGGUGCAACGCGCCGCCGCCUUUGGCCGGCCACCACCUGACGCACGUGGACUGCGACGCGCUCGACUGCGGCACAGAGUGCGACCACGGUGACCAGGACAAUAGCCUGGGCCCCUUCUUGUGAUCCCCUUCCCGGAGAGGCAGAGGGCGCGGCCACCUACAUGAUUCCGCAGGGGUUGGCUGUAGGUUGCACAACACAACCACGCGACGCGUCGUCUGCUUCAAAGAUAGCGCUUCUGCACUCCUGCGCUGACUGUGCCUGGUAGAUUAUUACAAUGAGAAGGCGGAAGUGCACUCGCUGGAAAGUAGACAUGUUUAGGAGAACAGUUGUGACCCUCUCAGGACAAGCAGCGAGGGGUUUAAUUGACGCCAAUGGUACAUCGAGAUCGAUGCCAAUGGUACACGAGCUAGCCUGAGUAGGCGCUACCUAAAAAAGGAAAAGAAAAAAGUGCCGUGUCAAGGACACGUUCAUCUUCUGGGGCUCCAAGCGUCCGUUUUCUUUUGCCAGUUUAGCUGCACUGCGGAAAGUCCGAUCACAGAUUUAUGUAUUUUCCCAUUCAUCCUCUCGCAUCAAUAAAACACCUUCCGGAACCGG